AUGCUUUUCACACCGGCCCGCUGUCUCAUCCUUCUGCUCCUCUUGAACUCAACUGAUGCUGGACGGAUUCUGGGGAAGAUCAAGGAGCGUGUUCGUAAUCUCCUGCUGCAGAAAGCCAAGCAGCCUCUUCAACAUGUGAAGGAGGGAAAGGUCCACCAGCCGCUGGACCACUUCAACCGACUAGACGUCAACACCUUCCAUCAGAGGUUCUUUGUGAACGAGGAGUACUGGCAGCGUCCCGACGGUCCAGUGUUCCUCUAUAUCGGAGGAGAAGGGCCCAUCUUUGAGUUUGAUGUUCUUGCAGGCCACCACGUUGACAUGGCUGAGGAGCACGGGGCGCUGCUGUUGGCUCUGGAGCAUCGUUUCUAUGGCGACAGCAUCAACCCCGACGGCCUCAAAACGGAGAACCUGUCGGACCUGAGCAGCCAACAGGCGCUUGCUGACUUGGCUGUUUUCCACCAGUACAUCAGCCAAAUCUUCAAUCUGAGCCACAGGAACACCUGGAUCAGCUUCGGAGGCUCGUACGCUGGAGCCCUGUCCGCCUGGUUCAGAGGAAAGUUUCCUCACCUGGUGUACGGAGCCGUGGCCUCCUCUGCUCCUGUCAAGGCGACGUUGGACUUCUCUGCCUACAGCAAUACUGUCGGCUUGAGUCUCAUGAAUGAAGCGGUUGGUGGAUCAGAAAAGUGUCUGGCUGGUGUGCGGGAGGCCUUCGUCGCCGUGGAAGCAGUGAUGGGAGGGAAUGCCAGCCGGGUGGCCAUGGACUUUGGCUGCUGUCAGAUCCCCAAGGAUAUUGAUGAUCAGAUUGAGCUGAUGCAAAACCUGGCCGACAUCGUCAUGGGAACGGUGCAAUACAAUGAAGAAGGGGUGCUCAUGUCAAUCAGUGAACUCUGUGGUGUGAUGACAUACAAGAGUGAGGCGUACGAGGAUGAGAUGGAGGCUUACAACCGCCUGGUUAAACUUGCACAGAAAACACUGAAAGAUCUGAUGGACACGACCGUCCACUCAGGCAGGAGAACAGCGAGACAGUGGACCUACCAGACCUGCACCGAGUUUGGCUUCUACCAGACUUGUGAGGAUGCCACUUGUCCGUUCUCUGGGAUGGUGACCCUGCGGGCCGAGACCGAACUCUGUCUCAUGCUGUUUGGUAUUUCCCAGCAUUCCCUGCCUGGACGCGUCGCCUUCACGAACACGUACUAUGGAGGAGACAAGCCACGAACGCACAGGGUCCUCUAUGUCAAUGGUGGAGUCGACCCGUGGAAGGAGCUGUCGGUGGUUCAGGACCGGGCCGAGGAAGGAGAAGAAGCCCAGACCGUUUUCAUUAAGGACACUGCUCACUGUGCUGAUAUGAUGAGAGGAAGAGUCACAGACCGCCGCUCGCUCAAGAAAGCCAGACAGGAGAUCGAGAAACAUGUGGUCAGCUGGCUGAAGAUGGCUGCCCUGGAGAAAGCGGUCUGA